CCCGCUGUAAAUAUCCCGAGACGGGCGGCGGCCCCUUUAAGCGCAGCGCAGCCCGGGCCCGCCAACCGCCUGCGGGGUCGGCUGGGGAGAGGAUGCGGCGCGGAGCCGGCAGCACUAGAAAAAUGCAUUAUGAAUGAUGGCCACUGCUUGCUAAAAUGAAUGCCAAGAGCUCAUGUUCUGAACAUGAGGCUAAAAAAGAUUUGGAAAGGAGCCAACAGUUUUACUUCUAACUACUAAAAAGUUCUUCCCUGUCAAAAUGAACAUUCUUUGAGAAAAAUCUGAAGAACAACUGUGAUUUGAGAAAUGGGAGAAAGAACAAAGAGCUUGGAUUCUGACCAUGACAGAAUAUCAGAUGAUGAUAAAAAUAGCAACUCCUACUAUUCAGAUGAAGAUAAUGCAUCUCAUGCCUCUGACCGAUCACUUACACUAAGCUCUCAGUCUACAAGCCAUGCGAAAAAAGAUCACAAAACAGAGACUUUGAGUAGCCUUGUGCAUUACCAAACCGCUAAGAAACCAAUUUCCAAAUAUGCACCAGCCAAAAGAGGGAGAAGGUGGGGUUUUCGCUCCCAGAGCCUCAGUAGGGAUUCUCCUGCAAAAGAUAUAGAUCUUGUUACAAAAAGGGUUCUUUCUGCCAGACUGCUAAAAAUCAAUGAGCUUCGGAAUGAACUAACUGAACUCCACAUCAAACUAGAUGAGCUGCAGAAAGAAAACAGGGCACUGACAAGGCUUCAGUACAGGCAGGAGAAAGCCUUGAAUAAGUUUGAAGAUACAGAAAAUGAAAUCUCUCAGCUCCUCGCCCGACAUAACAAUGAGAUUAGAAUAUUAAGGGAGCGCUUACGAAAAUCUCAAGAGAGAGAACGCACAACUGAGAGAAGACUGAAAGAUUCAGAGGAUGAACUGUACAGGACAAAAAAUUCUUUGCAAAAAUUGAAAAAGCUUUCUGAAGAUAAGCACUUAGCUGAACGAGAUGAACUGGCAAAGAAGCUAGCCUCAGCAGAGAACAGACUGGAUGAGAGUGAGAAAAGAAUUAAGGAUUUGGAGAAAAGCCUUGAGCUGAAUAACAGCAGUUUCCAGCGACAAUUGCAAUCUGAGAAAAAAAAGGUACACGAGGCCCAAGAAGAAAAUAAAGCUCUCCAAGAAGAUCUUCAACAACUAAAUCAAAAGCUAAAGGAAAAAGAGAGAGAACUUGAUGCAAAAAAUAUAUAUGCUAACCGUAUGUUGAAGCCAUCACCUAAAAAAGAAACGGAUGUUACACAAAGAAAAAAAGCCUGUAGCCAGAAUACUAAAAAAGGAAUCCAGACUACAAAAGGAGUACAGACUAGUGGGUACUUCUCACCGAUAGAAUUUCCUCCACCACCAGAGUUUGUUUCUGUUUAUGUAACAGAUCAGAAGGAAGAGGAGACACUUCUCAGAAUGGAACAGGAAACUCAGAAGAAAGGAUGGAAAGAACAAGCAGAGCAUCUAAGUCAAGAAUGGAACAGGGAGAGAGAGGAGAAAAUGAAACAUGACCAUGAACUGCAGGCAUUAGAGGAGAAAGCCCAGAAACUAUGUGACGAGUGGGAAAAAGAAGAAUUUGACAGAAGGAAAAAAGAAAAUAACUUUUUAUUGGCUAAAGAAGAGGAGGCAAGAAUUGAGUCAGAAAUAUAUAAAAUUGAAAAUGAGAUAUACAACACUGAAAAACUAGAAGAAGACCGACAAAAAAAAGAAUUGCUGCUGGCUAAAAUGUAUAAAAUUGACAGAGAAACUCAAAGCACUAUUAGUAUGAAACUUGCUUCACAAGCACACCUCACAGAUACAGCAUCAAAAUCUGACUCCCUAGAGAAAAAUGAGAAAACCUACCAGUUCUUAGAGACCACAGAGAAAUUAUUUAAUGGAUUUCCAGUAUAUGACAGCCAUGAUGUUAUUACAAAAGCAGGACAGAAGCGGCAAAAUGUUAGAACCACAGAUUCAAGUAAUGAUUUGACAUUUGGUAGUUACGUACCUUCCUUUGGGAAAGGAUCGGGGAGGCCAAGUUGGCUUAAUCAAAAAAGUAUUGUCUUAGAAGAAAAUACUAAGGAAAAUACAGAUUUCAAUACUAAGAAAGAGAAAAAGUCUAAUUUAAUGGAGCAACUUUUUGGAACUAGUGCCAACACCAUCGCUCCACCUAAAAGCAGUGACUCAAGUCCUUUGGAAGCUGACUAUGAUUCCGGCAGUGCUCUUCCUCCAGGCAAAAGCAAUAAAGUUAAAGAUGAUGAUUUUUUUUUCAGUGAAGGAAGACAUUUUAACCCAAAUAGGCACCGUUUACAGCACACAACAAGCCGGCCAGCAGUUAAUGCUGUUGAUUCUUUCGAAGAUGAAAUUGAAGAAGUAAUCCUGUGAUGAUCACCUUUUAUAUAACUUGUGUGUGAAGAUGCUAUCCAAAUAUUUUAAUACAGUAUUUAUUUUAUACAGAUUUUAAAAGUUUCAGAUAUUAAAGCCUUGUGAAGGGAUGAUUUCAAUAGAUAAAUAUAUGUAUAGAGGAAAUAUACACUGCAUAUUCAGAUAAACCGGUCUGGCCUACUCUAACCAGUCUGGCUCCUUGUGCAGUUAUAUUUUUUUAAUGUAUCUUUCCUACAGUCCAUGAAAAUAAGGAGUUGCAGUGAUUACUUUUUACAUACUACAGCCAAUAAUCUUGAGGGAAUUUCCUGACAGAUUCCAAUGUAAUGCAACUGAGUUUGGGUAUUUGCUCACUUCUUCAUUCAGGAGGUGAUACUAUUUCUACCCUACUCAUAUUCCAGUCUACUCUCUGUAUGUGUGUUUGCCACUAUCAAAUCUGUUCAACUGCCAGGGCACAUUGGUGGUAUUCCAAAAGGCCACCACUAAUGCUCUUCCAUGGAUUUGAAUGGGAGGGAAAGUAGUUGGGGAACGCUUAUACCUGCUUUUCUAGAGCCAAAGAUGACCUGCGUCACUUUUCUCACUAGUCUCUGCCUGUGGCUACGUAAAGGUCCCAUGAUACUUUCCACACUCUUGUCUCCUGCCAGGCUGUGCAAUGCCAUUAUUCCACUGGGAUAUUCAAAUACUUCAAAGCAGAUUCAGUGCAGUUAAUGCAGGUCCUAUAUAUAGCUGCUGGAGUUUGGUUGGUUGUUUGCUUUCCCCAGUUGGACUAAAAAUAAUACAGAUAAUGAGGGGAGGAAGGAUAAUUCAGCCUACAAUUUGGAAGGCUAUGAGUUAUGGCCCCAUCAACCUUUUUGUUAUAAGCUAGUUUUGAGAUGAGAUAAAUUGAGAUGAGAAUAGUGUGCAUUGCUAAACAUAACCUACCCAAAUAUUUGUGUGAGAAGGCAGAAACCUUAAAUUCUAUAAAUCCAUGCUAUCAGUUGACUGAUUUCAGAAUCUGAGAAGGUGCUCUGAUAUAUUGAUACAAAUGUGCUAUAAAUGAGAUCUGGAAUACUUUAAAUAUAGAAGAUGCUUAUAAUUUGGAGUUGUUGCUCAUUCUCCCUUCAUAGAAACAUCUUGCCUACUGUCUAUUAGAGAACUGAUGCUGGAGAAACCCAUAGAAGUUCUCAGCCCAUUGCCUCUCCCUCUCUCCGUCCUAAUUAAAUCAUUCCAGUUGGGUGUACAAUGUGAUUUAGCCCUCUGUUGUAUGUACUAGUACAGUGUAUACUUGUUUUAUCUUCCAGGCCAGACCCCUGCUGUUGAUCUUUUUUCCAUGUUAAAAAAAAAUUAUAAUUGGACAAAAAUAUUUUCUUGAAAAUUAUAAAUGUUCAGAACUGCUAAUGGGUCAUCUUGUGAGUUUGUAUACUUGGCUUUGUGUUUUUUCUUAAUUUUUUUCAACUCUAGUAUUGGACUCUGUAGUUUGAUGCAUAAAGCAUAGCACUGUACUGUUCACAGGGAGCUUUAUUAUUUAAUGUAAAAUGCAUACAAAUAUAAACACGGGUUGGCUAAUGGUGCAAUGUGCUGUUAUGUGAGAGAGCCUGCAUUCGGGAGCAACCACUAGACUCCCACGUCAACGAGCUAACUUAGGAAAAUAGAUAAAACACCAUAUUCCACACCAAAGGCAGCUAGAAGUGUCUUGCCCUUGAUGUGGAGUACCUCCCUUUGACUGUUGACAUCUGCUAUCUGUGAUGCAUUCGGAGUGCCUCCUUGUGGUGAUACGGGAAGGCACAUGUAAUUUCAUCUUUAUGAAAAGGAACAUGUAGUAAGCAGGGAAUGACAAGCCGUCACCUAGAAUAAAGGAAUAGGUGAAAAGAGAAUGUAAAAGGAACUCAUGCCAUAGUGAGUCACAGAAGACCCUACAUAGAAAACAAGUAUCUCAGGAUCAGCAUCUUUUUCCACAUCUUCACAGAAUUUCUUGUCAUGCAAGAAGUUGUUUGGUCCCAGAUAUAUCAGGCUAGAAAAGAUCUCUAAUUGUGUCAGACUUGUGCUCAGCAUAGCUGAGGAGAGAGGGAGGCAAAGGUGGCUUUAAGCCACCUUUGUUUCCCUCAUCCUCUUGGCAGCCAGGGACUAGUCUGGCUGUAGAGCUACUCUAAAUUUAGCUAGUUUUGUAAGAGCCUCAAGGGAUUGCUAUGCAGCCCUGGGAUCACAGGUGCAAAGUGUGCUCUGGUCAUCCUGUCUCCUUCAACCAUGCGCCUAGUACGCCCCCUUUCCAAGGUGAGCCAGGAGGGUGUAUCGGAGAGUCAGCUAUGCUGUCUCAGCACCUGGCUAGCAUUCUUCAUGCCAGUGGAACUCUGACCUGCCCAUUCAGAAUAACUUCAGAGCCCUUCUUCAAUACUGCAACAACAUAAAGGGCUGUAACAUGGGCCAGAAUCUGGCCUGUCAUCCCCAGCUGUGCAUACAUAGUGCUGAUGAUUUAUAAUCUUCAGUUCCAGCUGCCAUACAUAAUUUUGGAGAGAACAACAUUUCUUCAUGAAUGUCUCCAACCAAACACUUACAAAAGGUCCAUGAUGGAUGAUGAGCACAUCUUCCAGUGUCUUGUGGCAUGCUCAGAGGGCUGAUGGAGAGGGCCAUGCUCAGAUGCCUGGACCCUCCUACCAUGAAAAAGCAGCUUUUAACAUUUUUAGUGCGAGAAUAAAUACUUAGUAUGUGUUCGUUUACUACAAAGCAAAGAGAAUUUUAUAAUUGAGAUGUUAAAUUAACAUGCCAUAGACAUAAUCAUUUUUAAUGUUUAUAAAGAGAUGCUGUAGUACUGUUCUCGUAUGUAUUAAUUCCAGUUAUAUUUAUUAUGUAAUGUCAGUUGCUUUUGUAACUUCUGAUUCAUUUUCUGUAUAAAAAUUCCAAUCAUAACAAUCUUGAUUUUUAACAGAAUGGUUUUUAUUAAAGAAU